AUGGCCGAGGAGGAGAAGCCGCGCAAGUCUCGCUUCAAGCGGGUCAAGACCACCGACGACCGCGAAUCGCGCAGCGACGACGCCGCCAACCCGUACCUCGCCCACAUGAAGACGAAUGGCGCAUCCAACGGCUCGAGCUACACCGGCGGUGACCUGAGCAAAUGGACGCGCCAUGCCUCGACCGCCAAGAUGGCCAAAGUCGCAGAAGAUGGGCCCGCCAACCCUUUCACCGGCGAGCCGCUGUCCGAUCGGUACUUGGGCAUCCUCAAGUCCCGCCGCGAUCUGCCCGUCCACGCGCAGCGACAGGAGUUCCUCGACAUGUACCACAAGACCCAGAUCCUGGUGUUUGUCGGAGAGACGGGUUCCGGUAAAACGACGCAGAUCCCGCAGUUUGUGCUCUACGAUGAUCUACCGCACAUGGAGGGCCAGAUGGUCGCCUGUACCCAGCCCCGCCGAGUCGCCGCCAUGUCCGUGGCCCAGCGUGUGGCGCAAGAGUUGGAUGUGACUUUGGGGGAGGAGGUUGGAUACAGCAUCCGAUUCGAGGAUAUGACGAGUCAGAAGACGAUGCUGAAGUACAUGACGGAUGGUAUGCUGCUAAGGGAGGCCAUGAACGACCACGAUUUGAAGCGGUACAGCACCAUCAUUCUGGACGAAGCACACGAGAGAACACUGGCAACGGAUAUCUUGAUGGGCCUGUUGAAGGAGGUGGUGAGGCGCAGACCGGACCUCAAGCUCAUUAUCAUGUCUGCUACGCUCGAUGCUCAGAAGUUCCAGAAGUACUUCAACGAUGCACCUCUGCUGGCUGUGCCUGGUCGAACACAUCCUGUCGAGAUCUACUACACUCCUGAGCCAGAACGAGACUACGUCGAGGCAGCAUUGCGAACAGUCCUCCAGAUCCACGCAACAGAACCAGAAGGCGACAUCUUGCUCUUCUUGACUGGAGAGGAGGAGAUUGAAGAUGCAGUCCGCAAGAUCAGCAUGGAAUCUGAUGAGAUGGUGCGGGAAGCAGACGCAGGCCCGUUGAAGUGCUACCCUCUCUACGGCUCUUUGCCACCCGCCCAACAGCAGAAGAUCUUCGAUCCCGCGCCUCCUCCCUUCAAACCAGGCGGCAAGCCAGGUCGCAAAUGCAUCGUUUCCACCAACAUUGCCGAAACCUCCCUCACCAUCGAUGGCAUUGUGUACGUCGUUGAUCCUGGUUUCAGUAAGCAAAAGGUCUACAACCCGCGCAUUCGAGUCGAAUCACUCCUGGUCUCACCCAUCAGCAAAGCAUCAGCACAACAACGAGCCGGUCGUGCUGGUCGUACACGACCUGGAAAGUGUUUCCGCUUAUACACCGAAGGCGCAUUCAAGAAGGAGCUCAUCGACCAGUCGUACCCUGAGAUUCUACGUUCCAACCUCGCGAGUACCGUGCUGGAGCUGAAGAAGUUGGGCGUGGAUGAUCUGGUGCACUUCGACUUGAUGGAUCCGCCUGCACCUGAAACACUCAUGCGAGCGUUGGAGGAACUCAACUACCUUGCAUGUCUGGACGAUGAAGGAGACCUCACCACUAUGGGCAAGCUGGCAUCAGACUUCCCACUCGACCCAGCCCUCGCAGUCAUGCUCAUCUCGUCGCCCGAGUUCUACUGUUCAAACGAGAUCCUCUCUUUGACAGCCCUUCUCUCCGUCCCUCAACUCUUCAACCGCCCAGCUGCCGCACGCAAGCGAGCUGACGAGAUGAAGAAUCUUUUCGCCCACGAAGACGGUGACCACCUCACCAUGCUCAACGUCUACCACGCCUUCAAGUCACCUGCAGCCCAAGAGAACCCCAAGCAGUGGACUCACGACCACUUCCUAUCUUACCGGGCUCUUCAACAAGCCGACAACGUACGCUUGCAGCUGAAGCGCAUCAUGGAGAGGGAAGAGAUCGAGCUUGUUUCAACUCCCUUCAGUGACAAGAACUACUACACCAACAUCCGUCGGGCUCUCGUAGCUGGCUUUUUCAUGCAGGUUGCCAAGAAGGACACCUCUGGCAAGACCUACGUCACCGUCAAGGACAAUCAGAGCGUGCUCCUCCACCCUUCGACUGUGCUUGGACAGGACUCUGAGUGGGUCGUCUACAACGAGUUUGUACUGACCAGCAAGAACUAUAUCCGCACGGUUACCGCCGUAAAGCCUGAGUGGCUACUGGAGAUUGCGCCCAACUACUAUAACGUCGAGGAGUUCUCGAAGGGUGAAGUCAAGACUGCCUUGACGAGAACGGCGCAGAAGAUGAACCGGAGGUCCGAGAUGAAGACUCGAUGA